AUGGUCGACGGUCGAAAGAAGAGAAUCGCCAUUAUUGGUGCCGGCGCAGCUGGAAUGUCCUGUGCAGCGACCCUGGCAAACCACCCCGAGAGAUUCGAGGUGACCGUGUUCGACCCGGAAUCCCAGACCGGUGGCCAAGCAACCUCAAUCUCCAUCGACGAAAAGAAAUACGGCGCCAGCUGGCUCAACGACGGAGUCCAAGGCGGCUCUGCCAUCUUCCGCCACACUUUCCGCUUCUUUCGUCAGUACGGCCAUGAGCCGCAGAAAGUCAAGCUCCAGGUGGCUUUUGGGAAAGGGCGAGACAACUUCUGGACCAACGUGUUUCCGAGUCCGCUGGUAGAUAAGCACUCCAAAGAGAUCAAGAGGUUGGGGAGCGUGUUGAAGUCGAUCAAGUAUCUCAUGCCCAUCUUGGGUGUCAUGCCGGUGAAGGUGAUCCUGAAAUUGUUCCGCUUCAGCGAUGAUUUCAACAACAAGAUGGUGUUGCCGCUGCUUGCGCUGUUCUUGGGGACGGGCAAUCAAACGCCGAAUGUCUCGAGUGUGCUGCUGGAGCGUCUGUUUGAUGAUCCCCAGAUGCGACUGUGGGAGUACGACCCCGACACUCUCCUACCCAAUCUGCCCGACAUGUAUACAUUCCCCAACUUGGCCAACUUCUACCGCGACUGGAGCAAGGACCUUCGCCAGAAAGGUGUCGACAUCCGCUUAGGUUCCACGGUGUCGAUCCUGGAGCGAGGCAAGAACGGCCUUGUCCUGCAAGUACAUGAAAAGACCGGGGACAAUGACGAGACCAGACCCAAGGGUACCCCUGAAAAGUUCGAUGAGAUGGUCAUCUGCUGCCCCGCCGACGAAGCCAAAAAGAUGCUGGACCGCCACGCAACCUGGCGUGAAAAGUACGUUCUGGGUGGCGUCAAAUUCUUCAACGACAUUACCAUCACCCACUCGGACGCGGACUACUUCCAAAAUAUCUUCGAGGCGAAAUACAGUCCUUCCCUGACGGCAGAGGCGUCCACGCGCGAUCGAAAAGAGCAGAUCAAUUUCGCCGAGCAGCCGCAGCGAUGCAAGCCCGACGGCUGGGAGGGUUUCAGUCCCAUGUACUUCAUUCACGGGUACAAGUCGGAUCCGGAUAAGAUUGAGAUGGGAUUCGACUGUACACAUUAUCAGCACCAGUUCCGAGAGAAUCUGGGCACGAACAAAGAAGCUCGUCCGAUGGAUGAGCACGUUUUCCAGACCAUUUUCUUGAACGAUCAGCAAAAACAUCUCUGGACGUGGAACGAUAUCGAUCCGUCCAAGAUCAUUGCCCGCAAAUGGUGGCACCAGUUUGGACACAGAUGGCAGCAUUAUCUCCGGGUUGUGCCGGGCAUGAUGUUUAUCAACAAUCAGAAUCACACGUUGUAUGCUGGUAGUUGGACCAUGGUGAACAUGCACGAAAUCGCAUGCAUCUCCGGUAUCGCAGCAGCAUAUCAACUGGGUGCGGCCUACGAGCCAUUCGACGACUUUGCCGAGGACUUCUUUUCAAAAUACUUGCUUGUCUGCCAUGGUACCCGUUACAAGAGAGGGAAGAACAAGCAGAAUUAG